AUGCCUCCCAAGGAGAAGGAGGGCGCCGCAGCAGGUCCGCUGGAGCUCAACCCGCCACCCGCCUUCUUCAAGUCGCGAAACGAGCUAUUCGACAAGCGAAAGGCGGAGCGACAGGCAUGGCUGGCCAAGCAGCCGCGGGAAGAGAUUGAAGUGCAGAUGCCGGAUGGGGGCAAGAGACAGGGCAAGAGCUGGGAGACAUCGCCCGCCUCCAUCGCCCGCGACAUCUCCAAGAGCCUGUUUGAGCGCACCGUCAUUGCCCGUGUCGACGGCGAGCUGUGGGAUCUCGAGCGCCCGCUGGAGAAGAGCUGCAAGCUGGAACUGCUCGACUUUGACCACCCCGAGGGCCAAAAGGUGUUCUGGCACAGCAGCGCCCACAUUCUCGGCGAGGCGGCGGAGCGACGCUUCGGCUGCUCUCUGUGCAUCGGUCCUCCUGUCGACGAUGGCUUCUACUAUGAAAUGGCCCUGCCCAACAUGGCUGCCGUUACCACCGCCGACUACAAGCCGUUGAAGCAGAUCUUCGAAAAGGCGGUCAAGGAGAAGCAGCCGUUUGAGCGGCUGGAGCUGAGCAAGGAGGACCUGCUCGAGAUGUUUUCGUACAACAAGUACAAGCAGCACAUCAUCAAGGACAAGAUCGCCGAUGGCACCUCCACGACUGUCUAUCGCAACGGACCGCUCAUCGAUCUUUGCAGAGGGCCGCACGUGCCUCACACCGGCAGGAUAAAGGCAUUCGAUAUCAUGAAGAACUCGGCCAGUUACUUCCUCGGCGACGCGAAGAAUGACAGCUUGCAGCGGAUUUAUGGUGUAUCCUUUCCGGAUAAGAAGCAACUCGACGAGCACAAGCACAUGCUGGAGGAAGCGGCCAAGCGCGACCACCGAAAGAUUGGCGUGGAUCAAGAGCUCUUCUUCUUCCAUCCCCUCUCUCCCGGCUCGUGCUUCUUCCUGCCUCACGGCACCAUCAUCUACCAGGCCCUGCAGAACUUCAUCCGCGAGGAGUACUGGGCGCGUGGCUACCAAGAGGUGCAUUCGCCAAACAUGUACAACUCCGCGCUCUGGAAGCAGUCUGGCCACUGGCAGCACUACGACGAUGGCAUGUUCAGAUUUGAGAUUGAAAAGGAGCAAUGGGCCCUGAAGCCGAUGAACUGCCCCGGCCACGCGCUGCUCUUUGGCCAUCGAGAACGCAGCUAUCGCGAACUCCCCAUCCGCAUGGCGGAAUUUGGCGUGCUGCACCGUAAUGAAGCCUCGGGCGCUCUCACCGGGUUGACUCGCGUGCGGAGAUUCGUCCAAGAUGACACCCACAUCUUCUGUACCGAGGCUCAGAUCGAGCAAGAGGUGCAAGGCCUCUUUGACCUCCUGCGCACCGUCUAUGGACUGUUCGGCUUCACCUUCAAGAUGAAACUGUCCACUAUGCCCGAGGACCAUCUCGGUGAUGUGGCCACCUGGCAGCGUGCGGAAGCACAACUCGAGCAGGCGCUGGAGGAUUUUAAGGCAGCCACUGGCACGACAUGGUCUCUCAACCCCGGCGACGGCGCCUUUUACGGGCCAAAGAUCGACGUCACCAUCUCCGAUGCGCUGAAGCGGGAGUUCCAGUGCGCCACCAUCCAGCUCGACUUCAAUCUCCCGCGCCAAUUCAACCUCGAGUACCGCACCGAGGAGCAAGCAGCCGCGAAACCCGCCGCCGAAGUCAACGGCGUCAAAGCAGCGGAGCCAAAACCCGCCGAACCCGCCGCCACCCUCGACCCAGCCUCCUACCGCCGCGAACUCACCCCCGGCUGCGCCCGCCCGGUCAUGAUCCACCGCGCCAUCUACGGCUCCUUUGAGCGCUUCAUCGCCAUCCUGUGCGAGCACUUUGCCGGCAAAUGGCCCUUCUGGAUGUCGCCGCGCCAGAUCCUCAUCGUGCCCGUCAUGCCCGCCAUCAACGACUACUGCCUCGAGGUGCAGAAGCUGUUCCGCGCGCAGCACAUGCACGUCGACGUCGACAUCACCGGCAACACGAUGCAGAAGAAGAUCCGCACGGGCCAGCUGCAGCAGUACAACUUCAUCUUCGUCGUCGGGCUGCAGGAGAAGGAGAGCCGCACGGUCAAUAUUCGCAAUCGCGACGUGCCCGAGACGCAGAAGAUGGGCGAGCUGGUGCCGCUUGAUGAGGCGGUGAAGAAGUUUUGUGCGUUAAGGGAUGAGCGGAGGUUGAAUCCGGCGUUGUAG